CAUUAAAGAGAAAUAUAAUAAUGACUGGUGGAUAGGAAGGCUGGUUAAGGAGGGCUGUGAGAUUGGCUUUAUUCCAAGCCCGCUUAGACUGGAGAAUAUCCGCAUUCAGCAGGAGCAGAAAAGAGGACGUUUCCAUGGAGGGAAAUCGAGUGGAAAUUCUUCCUCAAGUCUUGGAGAAAUGGUUUCUGGCACAUUUCGAGCCACGCCCACUUCCACGGACAGAACAUGUUCCCCCGUAUGACGUAGUCCCAUCAAUGAGGCCUGUCGUCUUAGUAGGUCCGUCACUGAAAGGUUACGAGGUGACUGACAUGAUGCAGAAAGCUCUCUUUGACUUCCUGAAGCACAGGUUUGAUGGGAGGAUAUCAAUAACGAGAGUGACGGCCGACAUUUCUCUUGCUAAGAGGUCUGUUCUAAACAAUCCGAGCAAGAGGGCAAUAAUUGAGCGGUCAAACACGAGAUCCAGUUUAGCUGAAGUACAGAGUGAAAUUGAAAGAAUCUUUGAGCUGGCAAGGUCUUUACAGCUGGUUGUCCUAGAUGCAGACACUAUCAAUCACCCUGCACAACUUAUCAAGACAUCUUUAGCACCAAUUAUUGUCCAUGUUAAAGUGUCUUCUCCAAAGGUUUUGCAGCGACUGAUUAAAUCUAGAGGAAAGUCACAAAGUAAACACUUGAAUGUUCAGUUGGUGGCAGCUGAUAAACUUGCACAAUGCCCACCAGAGAUGUUUGAUGUAAUUUUGGAUGAAAAUCAGCUCGAAGACGCUUGCGAACACUUGGCAGAAUAUCUUGAGGCAUACUGGCGUGCUACUCACACCACCAGUAGCACACCCAUGACUCCUCUUCUUGGGCGAAAUUUAGGAUCCACUGCACUUUCACCAUAUCCUGCUGCAAUCUCUGGACUACAGAGCCAGCGUAUGAGGCACAGCAGCCAUUCUGCAGAGAACUCUCCCAUUGAGCGACGAAGUCUAAUGACCUCAGAUGAAAAUUAUCACAAUGAAAGGGCUCGGAAGAGCAGGAACCGCUUGUCUUCCAGUUCCCAACACAGCCGAGAUCACUAUCCUCUAGUGGAAGAAGAGUACUCUGACUCAUACCAGGACACUUACAAACCCCAUAGGAACCGAGGAUCCCCUGGAGGAUAUAGCCAUGAUUCACGACAUAGGCUUUGAGUUCAAGAACCCGGGGAAAAAUAGUAUUCAUCAGUUGAUAACUUGCCAUAACGUAGCUAGGAAAAACAAUUCAUCUUAAUUUGGCAGAUGUAAUGCGGUCAUACUGAGGUUACAAUCUGCUGACAUUUGAUGUUAAGUAGGGGACAAAAAAAGUUACCAUGCCCUUACGUUUAUGCCCGAUCAUAUAGGUUGUAUUUGGGUUUUGUUUUUUUAGUACAGCAUUUACAUUUAUAGCCAUACCUUUUCUUGUCAUUAGAUAUUAGGCACAUCAGUUUGUAAUUUAGGAUACUUAUCAAGGCACUUAUAAAAUAAUUUCCUGUGCUGGAAAUUCCAAAUGACCAGUUCCAGUUGGAACCAAUUUAUAAGCCAAUUCCUGUUGGAAUUCGGGUGAAUUGACUGGAAAGUCGACUUGAGCAUGUUGCAAUCAAUUGAAAAAAAUAAACAUGAAAAAUCUGAAAAUUACAAACCACUAGGAGCUGGAAAGUCAGCUACAGUAUUUGUUUGCUGGAAGCUCAAUUUACAUAUAGAGUUAGAAUAAAAGUAUUUUAUUCUAGAAUAAAAGUAUUUUAUUCUAACUACUUACUUCCAGAAUGGCUUUUUCAGACAAACCAAACGUAAACUAUUGAGAGUGCCAAAUAUCACAAAUUAUUGCAGCAGUUACAAAAUACUUUCCAGUUUUAAAUUAUUUUUUGACCUGGCAUGAGUGUUGCAGCAAAAUGAUUUCUUUAGUUUAGCCAGUACUGGCAUUUGUGUUGCGGUCAGCAAAGAUGAACUAUGACAGGAUAAAGGGAAAUAGGAAAAAGAGCAAACUUAGGAAUGGUUUGUAUGGUUAGAGGUUGAGAAUAGUUUGUUUUUUUUCUCUAGCUUACCUGAAUACAGCUAGUAGUCCCAAAAUGGAACAUCAGUGGAUAGAUAAGUAAUAUUUUUUCUCCCAUUUUUAGUAUUCUGCCUUUUUAAAUGGAAAACAAUACACUUUUCUUACCCCAGUAUGUAGACUACCCACAUUCCAGUACAUUUGAGUACCUGUUUAUUACAUCUUUCAAAAUCCAUCUUUGAAUGUCUGAAAAUUCCAGCAUUGCACAAGAAUUCUCCAGAAGAACAUCAGUUUAAAUUUCAGUAGUGAAAUCUGAGGGAAGGGGGCGGGGUUAAACACUUAUAAAUUAUCAAAAGUUAAAAUAGGAUAUUGGUCAGAAUUAGCUUGCAAUAAAAAUGGAGUAUCAGAAAAAAAAUCUGCUCACAUAAAGUUGUAGAGCUGAUGUUUUUAAUUCAAAGAACCGUGAUAAAUCUUUCGAGAUACUGCUGCCUUACUUCUUAAUGAUCACUUCUUCUCACCUACUGAGUCUUCAUUUCUUUUUAAAUAGAUAAACUUAUGUGAUUAGACCUUAUGUCUUACAUUAUCAGUGAAGCCUUAGAUCCAAUAUGAUGGAAAAAGUUACCGUAACUGACAAUUUUGUACAACACACUAAUGUCUUUAAGCAGAGACUCCUAAAGCUCCACACUGCAUGCAUUUUCUAAAAUUGACAGAACUAUGCUGAACAUGCAUUUUUUAUGCAGGUUCAUGUCAAAACUAUUUUUGCAAAAAAUGAGGGUCAUUGACUUUUGUAUCCGCUUAUUUUCUUCCCAAAAGCGGGCUUUAAAAGCAUGUAGCACUAACUGAACUUCCUGGAUACUACAGUUUACUCUACUUUCUGGACCAGUUAACAAAGAUCACUGGUAUUUUCCACCACCAUUGAGUCUGGUUAUCUUCUUGUUGUUAACAACAAGAAAAGUAAUUCAUCUCAUAUCUGGUAUAGCCAAAAAUGAUGUACAUCUCUAGCAGCAUUAAAAAAUCGUGGAUGCAUGAUUAGUUUUUUAAACAAUUCUUCUGCCUAAAAGGCAUCCUUAAACAUUACUAGAUGAUUCAAAUGGGCCAGUUACCAAGAAGAAAAUUAGAAUACCUGCAUCCAUUGGAGUAAUAGAGUUAAGAAUGGACACGACAGACCUGAUCCCGUUUGAUUUUCUCCAGCUGAAUGCCUGCAGAUUCCAAAAGCGCAUUUAGGUUGAGAAAGUACCAUGAGAUCUGGUCUGGGAAUGGUAGCUUCAGCUGCCUUCUCUAAUAUUUUCUGCUAUAGCACAGUGGAGCAUUCUCCAGUAAUUUUUACAAAUCUUUAUUACAUGUACAGCACACAUACCUGCAUGAGAAAGAAGGCAUUAGGCAAAACAUUUUUUCUAUAAGCUUUAAUAAGUUUCUUGUUUGUGUGCAUUGAAGUAUUAAUUGCAAAGGAUGCACUGAGAUGUAUAAAGCUAGAUUAGACAGCUGUUUAUCUUUAUUCUGUAGUAGCAUUAGGGAUCAGAUCAUUUAAUUGCUUGAAGAUAUUUGCAUUUUAAUGGCAGGUAGCUGCGGAGUACCUACAUAUAUUUUUUAGUAAACAAGGUUACUGCUUUAUCAUUUCCUAGACAAAAAUGGCAUUUAUUUCUAGAGCCUUUUGGAGCCUUGUUUUUAAGUCUUCCAUGUCACGCUAGUAAAGGGAAAGAUCUACACAACACAUAUGCAUAAAUUCCAUCACCUGCAGCAUCUGAAGUGCCAAAACUACUUUCUUUGUUCUAAUAAAUCAAUCUUGUGAGGGAACUCAUGUGUUGUCUUGAAGGAACCUAUCGAGUUCCUUUAUUAUAUGGGUUUAAGUUUACUUUACUAUUGUAUGUAAUUAGUUUACCCUCUUCUCUCCCACUGUCCAUUCCAUUUUAAUAUAAGAAUUCAAUUAUAAAAGAUCCAGCAGAUCUCAUUGCUUGGUGGUUUUUUUAUUCUUUGAAGAUAGAUAUAUCUCUAAGUACAAAUAUACUGAACAUGCUAAUAGAUUAUUAAUUUAUUCUAGAUACGAGCUACUGGAACUCUUUCAUUUUUAAAAAUAAAUUAUUUUUAGGAAACACAGUAAUCAGUAACAGCUGCAAUGUUGAUCAGGACAUGUUAACUCAUAGUAUUUGUAUUAGAACUUCAGCAAUGCUAGCCAGCUGUAUUGUGAUUUAUUAUGCAAUGGCGCUAUAUAAAAUUGUGAAGUUCAUGUAUUCCUCAA